AUGGACCUUCCUUGUUCAGUGACCACCAAGACAUGCGGAGUGUCGAGCUCAUCCUCGACGAGGCGAACCAGGAUGAAUCGGAUGUGGAACGGCUUCCUGGGGUCCGUGAUGAGAAACCUGGGUAGACAGAACGACCUGAUCUACGGCGGGUCUCCGGCCACCAUCACGGAAGCCCCCUUCAUGGCCUUCCUAAGAACAACUCACAUCGACGGCACGGUUUGGAACUGCGGUGCCUCCAUCAUCAGCGAGAGUCUUGUCCUUACUGCUGCUCAUUGUGUCAUCGACGAAAACAACCAGCGUGCCGCUAGCGUGGCAGUGACGGUGGGAAGUGCAGAUAGUUCGGUGGCAUCGACGCAAGUUGCUGCUUCGUUCACGUACGAUACGGCUUUCGACAUAAAUAACCUCGGAAACGGGCACGACAUCGCCCUCGUGCGCUUGGCGACGCCUCUGGUCUUCACCCCGAGCAUCCAGCCCAUCUGCUUCCCCACCAGCGACUCCGUCCUGGGCAAGGCCAUCUCCUCCUGCGACCAGAAGGCAUACGGCUGGGGGUACAUCAACUCUGCUGGCACGACACAAACGACCACUUUGCAAAAGCUGGACGUGACGGUGUCCUCCUCUGUCAGCUCUUGCUCCAGCCUCACUGACGAGUCCAUCAUUUGCGUCCAGGGAGAUGCCCCGAAUAGCGGAAUCUGUCAGGGAGACAGCGGUGGACCUUUGGUGGUGAGAUACAACGGCCGAGCCUACGUCACGGGGAUCACCUCGUUCACCGUGGGGAAGUGCAGCACUGGCAUCAGUGGAUACACCAGGACCUCCAAGUACGCCGCUUGGCUCCAACAGCAGAUCACCGGUUGAGACGGCCGCUUUCUUCGCGUCAGACUCGAGAUGGGCACUCACGCACAUAUUCACGCACUCACGCUCAUAUACACGCAUUCAUGCACAUAUUCGCACACCUAUUCCCUUCAUGUUCGAUUUACCCUGAUGGGGAAAAAAUGCCGAGCUUUUAUGGAGUUGCAUUUCAGGAUUUCUGUGCCUUUCGAAUCACCCUUACUUGCUUUCGAAAGAUUUUCUCGAAACAACUUUCCGUCUUUUUCAACUGAUGGAUCAUGCAGAAUGUUUAUUCUGUUUCUGCUAGGUUAUCAAGGAAAAAUUACUGAAGAUGAGCGGUUGUGAUUUGUGGCUGUAAUGAUGAAUACGAAUAUAUUUCAAUCGAGUGAUGGUUUCGGGGCAGAUUCCCGAUUUCACACGGAAAUUCAAAUUUUGUUAAGAAAAUUUUCACAUUCGCACUGUGACGACGUGAAACAUAGUUUCAUUUCUUUCUUUCCCCGCCCACUCUAGAAAAGGAUUUGGCCAGUUUUCACUUUUAUUUGUUCCAAGUCUGAAAUGUGUUUUUUUUUUAAUUUGGAAAUGGAUAAAUUUAUACAGUUGUGUUAAUAAAGUCC